AUGUCCCACAACGCUGCGAUCAGUAUGAUUUCCGAGCUUCUUCGGAUGAAAGUGCGCGUCUCCGAAGUCUAUAUCGACACAGUCGGACCCGCUGCGAAAUACGAAGCCAAACUCAACCAAACUUUCAACUUCACAAACAUCAAAUUCAAAGUGGCCCCCAAAGCCGACUCCCUCUACAAAUGCGUAUCUGCCGCUAGUAUCGUCGCAAAGACGCAUCGCGACGCUAUUAUCGAGCAACAUCCCUGGGAAGAACCCUGCAUGCAAGAUAGAUUGAUAGGCAAGUUGGGCAGUGGAUAUCCUUCAGAUCCGAUGACCGUCCAGUUUUUAGAAAGCGUAAUGGAUCCAGUGUUCGGGUUUCCGACGUUUAUCCGGUUCAGCUGGAGCACAGCGUCGCGCAUGCUGCAAGAGAAGCAAGCGGCGCCGGUGAUUUGGAAGAACGAAGUGGAGAAAGAACCGCCGCUCAAGCGAUUUGAGUACGAAGCCGCGAUGCAGAGAAGGUGUGGUAUAACAAAGAGCGAGUUUUGA